AUGGCGAACACAAUCUUUUCCAAGCCGAAGACUCAGAGGGGCAUGAUACCAAAGCUGCGCUCUAAGCUGCGGCUGCGAAUGGGAGACGCAAACAACCGCCAUAUCCGCAGGCCUGCUGCGGGCGAUUACCCCCUUCAGAGCAUAAAAGAGAAGCUGCUAGAGCUCGAGCCGUUACCCACUUCUGCGCUCUAUGCCGAACUUGUGGAGGCGCAGGAGACGCUUGACGCUCUUGUCUGCCUGCCCGUUCUCGAAUAUGACGAUCCUCCACAUGGGUCAAAGGAGGACCAGGAGCGUCAGGACCGGUCGUCGAUGAAGCGGCAGACGAGCGCUCUGGCGACACUUCGCCGCCGGCUGGGGAAUUGCUUUGCCAGGCUGUAG